GCACCUAGUCACAUUAUUUUUUUAUCCGUUCGAUUUGAAUCACAUUGAGAUGCGAACCUAAUGCCUUUGACUUCACAGAUUCUCAACCCUCCUCAACAAUUCCAAUCCAACGGUCACAAAUACCCCAAAUAAAAACAGCAGAUCAAAAACACCAACAUACAAUCACCAUCCCCACUUCAAUCUUAAAAAUCCUCAACAGUGGAGGAGAGUGAUGAGGGGUUAAUUAGUAGUGCUUCAUCACCGGCAAGUCUAGAGCUCAAAGCAAAAGGCACCCAACCCAACUCAACCCGCAUAGAUAGAUAAAACAAGAAAAUCAAGAAGAUCUUUUCAAGAAAUGGGUUUCACAAUGGGUCUCAAUUUUGUGCUUCUUUUGGCAAUGGUAGCCACCAACAUUCUGUCUCUCUACCACCUCUCCUCCACCAUCCAAUCCAAGGCCCCAACUCCCCCACCUGUCCCUGACCACCUCCUCCGCCAACUCCACACCAUACGAGCCACCAUCAACCACCUCACGCGCCUCCAACCCACCACCACCACCACUACUAGCAAUCCUUCAAAGCCCACCGUCCCAUCUGAUCUCCUCCUCUACACCCACAUCUCCCCCAUCGCCUCUUCCUGCCGCCACCACCCAGACCUCCUCCACCGCUUCAUGAACUACACCCCAUUCUCUCUCUGCCCUCACGACACCGACCUCGCCGAAUCCCUUAUCCUCCGCGGUUGCCACCCCCUCCCCCGCCGCCGCUGCUUCUCCCCAACCCCCCCAAAACCCCCCACCUCCUCCUCUCUCCUCCCCACCGACCCAUUUUCUAGCCCCCUCCCUGACAAUUCCAUCAUUUGGACCAAAUACAAUUGCAAAAGCUUCACUUGCCUCGCUCGCUUCAACUCCGAUCUGGGUUUCGACAUGAAAGUCGAGAAACCCAAAUUCCUAAGCUACAAAUCAGAUCUGGAUCUCCCCAUCCCGCAAUUCCAACAAAUCGCGAAAUCAGCUAAAUCGGUGAUUCGACUCGGGUUAGACAUUGGCGGUGGCACGGGCACUUUCGCUGCCCAAAUGAAGAAGCUACUAAACGCCACUGUGAUUACGACUACAAUGAAUUUGGGUGCUCCCUACAACGAGGCGGCGGGGCUGAGGGGGUUGGUGCCGCUGCAUGCCCCGCUUCAGCAGCGGCUGCCGGUGUUCGACGGUGUUUUGGAUCUGGUGAGGUGUGGCCACGCCGUCAAUCGGUGGAUACCGGUGACAGCAAUGGAAUUCUUGUUCUAUGAUUUGGAUAGGGUAUUGAGGGGUGGUGGGUACUUGUGGUUGGACAGGUUUUUCUGUAAAGGGAUUGAUCUUGACAAGAUUUAUGCGCCCUUGAUUGGGAAGUUGGGUUAUAAGAAGGUGAAAUGGGCAGUGGCCAAUAAGACCAAUUCGAGCGGGGUGAAGAAUGGGGAGGUUUACUUGACUGCUCUUUUGCAGAAGCCAGUGUCCUCCAAGUGAAGUGAUACCCUUCUUUCUCAUUGAGCACCCUUACUGCACGUUAUUCUGACUGCAUUCGCUGAAAAUAGUACUACUGUGUCUAGCAGGCAGUGCUGUCAAAUCUUCUCUGCCAUGGACGACAGUAGAACAGACUCUUCCAUCAAUAAGUAAAUUUGCUGCUAUUGUAUUCUAUUCCAGCAAUGUUGGUUAGGUUUUAGCUGGUGCUCAAUGAUAUUGUAAAGGUUUAUUAUGGAAGUGGAGAACAAUUUGGAAAGCUGGAAGCGAGAGCAAAACCAAGACUUGUCCUGCAAAAAACAUGUCUAAAGACGGGAUCCUCUUUAUUGGUUUCCUAUAACUUUUCUUUCUUUCUUUCUUUUUUUUAUUUUUUUUAUUUUAAUAUGUUAUUUGGCUCAGUGUUGACUGUAACUUAUUGAAUAGAAUGGUGUUGCAUAUUAUUUAGAUUCUGGUAGAACUGUAAUAUUUGGGGUACACGUUAUUGGUUGGUUGGUUGGUUGGUUGGUUGGUUGGUUGAGUAGAAAUCUGUGUAGAAUGGAAUUGGAUGAAAGAGAUUAUUGCGA